GUUAUCAAAGGUUCAUCCCAAGUUUAUUCUCUGCUUCUUCACUAUCAACAAUGAACGGAGAACUUUUAUUUAUUUUCUCUGCCUUUCUAUGCAUUUCAAAAAUUGUUAAUGGUUCCAUUGAAGUUGAGUCCGUUGGCGAAGAUCCAACUCCAUCACCACUUGGUUGUCAUCGUCGUAUGUACACUUACCGAGUCACUCAAUCGGAUGCCCAAGGACGCGAAUGCUGGGACUUAGUUAAUGUGAUGUCGUGUUGGGGUCGUUGUGAUUCUAGUGAAAUUUCCGAUUGGAAAUUUCCCUACAAGAAGGCCCAUCAUCCGGUUUGUGUUCAUGCUGCACGUGCUCCAGCUGUAGCUGUAUUAAAAAAUUGUCAUCCCGAAGCUAGUUUGGAAAUUAGAAAAUAUGAAUAUAUGGAGGCAGUGAGUUGUCAUUGUCAUACAUGUUCUUCACUUGAUACUGCAUGCGAAGCACCUGGUACUAAUAUAUUGGAGGAAAAAACUGGCGUUAAAAUUCUUGCUCUAAGUGGAGCUGAUUCUACAAAUUUGGACUAUGAGUAUUAAUUUUCAAAAAAUCAAAAAAAAAAAAUGACUUAGUGUUGGAGGAAAUAUGGUUUUUAAGAAUUUUAAAUAUUUUUUAUGUUAAUUUAAGUUCAUUUUAAGCAGCAAAAAAAUUAAAUAAAAAUUCGAAAAAAAAUUGAGUAUUACGCAAUACCAGAG